AUGGCAAGAAACUAUCCUGUCACACACCUGAGGCCACCUCUGGCUGACUCGCAGGCCGAAGAAUUGAACGUCUGCACGAUGCUAGAGGAAGGAAACGAUGGAGACCGCAUUGACACCACUGCCUCGAAACAGGCGACAGAAGCAGCAGAAGCAGCAGCAGCAGCAGCUGCAGAGGCCAAAGCAGAGGUGCAGCGCCUGCGCCAAGCCUUGACCUCGGAAGAAGAAGCGUGUGCAGAGGCCAGAGCCGAACUGGAGGUGGCAGGCUCUGGCAGCGAAGCUUCUGAAGCUGACAGGUUGCGGCUCCUUCUGUCGCAAGAAAAAACCAAGAGUCGAGCAUUAGGCGAACGCGCUCUGCGCUCAGAGAGGCAUCGGCAGAAGCUGUUGGAGGAGAUGGUCCAGGACGGCCAGGCGGACGUGGAGCUCGUGUCCUUGGCCAAGGCCGUAGGGCGAACCGUAAAGGCCAUCGCAAGUAUCUCCAAGGAGGCGUUGAUGUUCGAUGGCAGAAGUGGUGGGGAAGAUUUCAGGAGAAGAACUGGGAAUAGUUAA